CCGAGAGAAAAUCCGUAUGACCCCUCGUUCCUUCUCUCCAUCCGUCCUUCCCUCUAGCAUUCAAUCCGCGCUGGGCUUUGCCCCCCCACUUACCCAAUCAGACAUGGUUCGCAGCGAUCCAAAUAACCAAGCACUUCGAACUUCGCCAACCAACUUCUCGUGCGUUUGCUACAUAUCCCAUACAUAGCCUUUCCGCAGUGGACUUCCGGAAGAAUCAUUCAACUCUUUGUCACGAUAUCUGUUCAACAUAUUCCUAAUCAAGAUGGACGACCAAUUCGGAGGCCGCACAGAUGACGAUCUCUUCUUCGACGACUUUGAGCCUGUGAGCGAUCCCCAGGUUGUCGAGACCGUCGAGACCGUCGCCAUCGCAGCUCCUCCUCCUGCUGCCCCUCCCGCCGCCGUCGCCACACCCCCCGCCGAGGCUCCCAAACCUGAACCAGUCGCUCCAAAGACUGUCGAGCAACCCCCUCCCAAACAGCAACCCGCCGCGAAACGACCGCCUACUGCACCCAGGGGCGGGCUGGCCAACUCGAGGUUCGCUGACAAGCCCGCCGCUGCCCCGCGUUCACCCCGCCACCCAGCACCCGCGUCAACACCCCCGAUCACAAAGACGCCGACUCCUCAAGCGCCCACUGGUCCCGCCGCGCAAACCGCUACAGCACCCACGACACCAGCCGCGCCCGCUACCGUAGCAAGCGCUUCGCCCACUGCGACAGUCAAGAGCGCAUCGCCCGCACCGAACCCGCCGCAGAACGCUCCCACAGGCCCAGCCGCCGGCACUACCACCGCCAGCGCGACCCCCGGCGCAAACACGGCCCUCAACGCCGCCGCGCGCCUGGGGUCCGGCGCGAACCCGCGAACCAAGCUCACCGAGUCGGAGCUGGCCGCCAAGAUGGAGCAGAUGCGCAUCCUCAACGCCGAGAAGACACGCAAGUUCGAGCAGGCCGAGCAGGACGAGCGCAGCCACGCCGAGGCUUACGCGCGCGGCAUGGAGGCGGCGCGACAGCGCAGAAAGCUCGACGAGGAGAGGAGGCGGCGGAGCGAGGAGGAGCGCAAGCGCAUGGACGACGAGCGCGCCAAAAAUAGGGAGCGGAAGCUCAAGGCCAUGAGCAUGAAGGAAGGCGGCUGGGACGAAGGCAAAGACGCGCUCGCCCAGGAGGAGGAGAAGCGGGGCUUCCGCGGCGCCAACGGCGGCGUUCGCGGCACCAGAUCCGGCGCGGGGCUUUCUGGGAGCAGGUUCGCUCGCGAGGACGAUGCCGGCGGAGAUCGGUACGGCGGCGCCGGCGAAGACCGCAGAGGUGGCCGCGGACGUGGUCGGGGUCGCGGUCAGGGACGUGGUGGCCGGGGCGGCCGGGGCGGCGAGUACGAACGCGACCACCCCGCUGCGUCCAACGGCGCGCAGGAGACCAAGCCCAUCACCGCCGCCGCCGCGAAGCCCGCCGCACCGGCACCCCUUAUCAGCACCGACGAGUUCCCCGCCCUCCCCGGCAAGACGACGAGCGGCGAUGUGUCGCCGCCUGUGCUGUCGCCCCUCGGCAGGUGGGAUGACGAGAUGGAGGCGUUCGACGCCAAGCUCAAGAGCGCUGCUGCUGCUGGCGCUGCGAAAUGAAGCGGUUUUGUUUUCACGAGGCGCGGAGAUGGGUUUGGAUCACAAAACAAGCGACGAUGCAUUUUUUUUUGGAUGCCGCGACGGACGAGAAAAUGAGUAGGACUUUUUUUAUAGGGGGGUUUAUUAUAAUUCGCUUCCGAGCAUGGUCCCCCCCCCCCCCCCCCCCCCCCCCCCCU